CCGAUUUCUAAUCAUUGUCGUUUCGUCGCAUUCACACACCACACAUACCGACCAUUUCGAUAGAGCACUGCAAUCAACUCAAUCGUUACAAUGCGCUGUCUCGAGUGUCGCCGCCUUGCUGCGACAAUGAUUCAACAAAGCAACAAUCCUUUACCGCGACGCUCGACGCUCACAUCCGCCGCGAUACAAUAUCGAUUAGCCCUACUUCUACACCAAGAUCACCACGGCUCUACAAUCGCGCGACAAUUAGCCACACGAUCACACCCGACCUCCGCCGCGUCGCAAAUCGCGCGACAACUAGCCACACGAUCACAUUCGACCUCCACCGCGACAGAAGCAAGCACAGCCGAAGCUCAAUCACUCCCCGAGAAGCCUGACUAUCUCGACAACGACGAGUCCGCGAUAUGGGACAAGCUAGCAGCUGAGUUUGCUCCGACGGAACUCACCGUACAAGACGUAUCGGGCGGCUGUGGAUCCAUGUACGCAAUCGAGAUCGCAUCAGAGAAGUUCCGAGGCUCGGGCAUGUUAAAGCAGCAAAGAAUGGUCAACGCCGUACUAGGCGAACAGAUGAAGAAGUGGCAUGGCGUCCAGCUACGUACCAGAAUUCCCUAAGCCGAGCAGCCUAAUUGGGGAUUAAUGGUCUUUACAACAAUCUUAAAGGAGACGCCACAAAAUGGUUUGUGGAUCUUCAGUUGGCUGCAAGUUGCCAUUGAUGGUUGCAUACCCCUAACAGAGGGGAUAUGUUUGCCGUGGCUGUACCUGUGGCUGUUAUGCCCGAAUAUGGGCAGGAUUACGGCCGUUAAACUUUUAUGUUCUAACGGAAUGUCGAGAUCUGGCUGAGACCUGUCAUUUCCCGUGCGGUUCUACAAUAAUUAAAUACCACCAACGGUGGCAUGUCUUAGAAGUUACGAUGAGAUUUCAAGCCCACCGUAGCACGGGUAGAUCCAUCCAAGC